CCCAACAGCACCAAACUGAGGACCAAGGACCUUUAACACACGAGCCUUUGAGGACAUUCACGGUCCAAACUGUAGCAAGUGUAAGACAGAUCCAAAGCACAUGUAGGACCUGAUGAGUCCUGACAGGACCCCGGCGGUGACCCUGGACUCUGUGGAACCCAACAUCCGGUGGCACUGGAGAGCAACAGUCCCCGGUUUUGCAGCUGCAGAGGCGGGGCCUGAGGGCCUCACACCAGUCUCCUUGCCCCAGAUGGCGUCGCCCGCCUGUACCCUGGGUCCCAUUGACAGCCUGGAGCUCCUGGACCUUCUUUUUGACCGGCAGGACGGCAUCCUGCGACACGUGGAGCUGCCCGAAGGUUGGGGUCCUGCGACCGAGGACCAGCAGCCACUGCCGGGCUCUGACUCCGACGACUUCCUGAGCUCCAUCCUGGGCCCCAGUGACUCAGCCUCCAGCUCCCCGACCUGGUCCACUGCAGCCAGCGACAGCGGCAUCUCUGACGAUCUGCCCUCCGACCCCCAGGACAGCCCUCCACACGGUGGGGCACCGGGCACCAGCCCGGCCAGCUGCCACCCAGCAGAAGCCUGCUGUCCCUCCUACGUCCCCGGCCCUUCAGACCCUGCCAGGCCCCCCAGGACACAGGUGCCCGAGGCCUCUGUGGCCAUAGACCUGGCAGACAUGUGGAGUGAAGGAGGCCUCUACCCUGAGCAGCAUGCCGGCUCGCCCUCCCGCUUCAACCUGACCGUGAAAGAGCUCCUGCUGGCCGGUGGCAGUGGGGACCCGCAGCACCUGACCACCACCUACCUCCUGCGACCUGGGAACGGCCACUGCCAGGAGCUGGUGCUGACUGAGGAUGAGAAGAAGCUGCUGGCCAAGGAGGGGGUCACCCUGCCCACCCAGUUGCCCCUCACCAAGUAUGAGGAACGCGUGCUGAAAAAGAUCCGCCGGAAAAUCCGCAACAAACAAUCGGCUCAAGAAAGUAGGAAGAAGAAGAAGGAAUAUAUUGAUGGCCUGGAGACCCGGAUGUCAGCCUGUACUGCCCAGAACCAGGAGCUGCAGAGGAAGGUCCUGCACCUGGAGAAGCAGAACCUGUCCCUCGUGGAGCAGCUGAAGAAGCUGCAGGCCCUCGUGGUGCAGUCCACCAGCAAGUCUGCCCAGACGGGGACCUGCAUUGCCGUGCUGCUGCUGUCAUUUGCCCUCAUCAUCCUCCCCUCCAUUAGCCCCUUUGCCUUCAACAAGGCCGAGAGCCCUGGGGACUUCGUACCAGUCCGGGUUUUCUCCAGGACACUGCACAAUGACGCAGCUUUGCGUGUGGCCCCUGGGGACCUUGCCUCAGGUCCCGACAGCCCAGGCUCCCAGCCAGACACCACAUUGCAGCAAGGGUCCCCAAGCAGCCUGGGCGCAGACUGGGGGGCCUUCCUGGAGAAGCCGGAGCUGGGCAGUGCUAAGGAGGAGCUGGACAACUCGAGCCUGGCCCUGAGCAACGCCACAGGGGAGCUGGGCUGGGCCACUGUGCUGAGCUGGGUGGCUCCAGCCUGGGUGCUGAGUCCCGGGUUCACGGGGCUGGAGGUGGCAGGUGAGGAGCUAUGAGCACCCAUGGGCCCUGCCGUGGACAGCAGCAGCCCAGGAUGCAUAAGGCCCGAGAGUCCCCAGGGACCCUCAGGUUCACGACUGCACUCAGGACUGGUGGCCUCUGAAAACAGACCUCAGAAGAUGAAGUCUGACAAGCACCCCCAGGAAGGCCCCUCAUGCCCCCCCGGGGCUUCCUGGUUCCCCAGCACCCCAAGAACCUCUGGACAUUGGUGUGGCCACUGCCAUGAGCACCCCCUUUUUCUAAGACUUUGUAAGCUUGAAUAAAGUAUUUUGAC